UUGGGAGGAAAGGGAGGGAUUUGCAGCUGUUCAUUCAGGAAGUCAGCAGCGUCUUUCAGCGAACAACAAUCGGCGGGAAGAUGGUGUGGUGUGCAUAUUGCGGGAAGGACCAGCUUGCUGAGGUCGACGAGGCCAAUGGAUUCACUUGCUGCACGGGAUGUGGUCGGGUCAUUGAUGAUCACCACUACUCGUCGGAGGUGACGUUUUUAAAAGGGGCUGAUGGAUCGAGUCAUGCAGACGGGACAUUUGUGUCCCAUGGGUCAACCCCUCGGACUAUCACCGGUGCAGGACGGCAGCUGUUCGGAUACCAGACAGAUUCACAUGAAAGGACACUCAGUAGAGGAAGGAACAAGAUAUAUGAGAUCGCUGAACAACUCAAUGUGCGACCCAGGGACGAUCUUGUGAACGCUGGCCAUAGGCUGUAUACGAUUGCAGUGCAGCAUAGCUUCACACGGGGGCGGCGUGUCCCACAAGUUGCAGCUGCUUGUCUCUACAUCGCUUGCCGUCAAGAAAACAAGCCUUUCCUGUUGAUCGACUUCUCUGACAUGCUUCAGAUAAAUGUGUAUGUUCUGGGUGCAGUGUUCUUGCAGCUUGCUCAGUUGCUGCGGCUUGAUGAGCAUCCCAUUAUGCAAAAACCAACCGAUCCCAGUCUGUUCAUACAUCGGUUUGCGGACAAGCUUGACCUUGGCAAGAAAAUGCAUGCAGUGGCGAACACAGCCCUGAGGCUGGUUGCCAGCAUGAAACGUGACUGGAUGAACACCGGGCGAAAGCCAAGUGGCAUCUGUGGCGCUGCUCUGUGGAUUGCUGCCCAUGUGCAUGGCUUCGAGCGGUCCAAGCGUGAAGUCGUGUCUGUUGUUCAUGUGUGCGAAGUGACCCUGAUGAGGCGCCUCAUCGAGUUUGAGAUGACUCCAUCAGGAGGGCUUACUGUGGAAGAGUUCGAGGACCGUGCAAAAGCGCUCGAACAGCAAGGAACCAUGCUCCCACGUCGACCUAAGAUUCAAAAAAUUGCGAGUGUCUCUUCUCAGGUUGGAGAAUCAUCUGGAGAAAAAGCAAGUGGUGCACUGAAGGAAGUGGAUGAGGAGGAGCGUGAGCUUCUGUGUGAGCACAAGGGGACAGGAGCGACACACUUUGCGCAUGGUCUUUGCCGCUCCUGUUACGAGGAUUUCUUGGUGGUAAGUGGCGGGCUUUGCGGUGGUGAGGAUCCGCCAGCAUUUCAGCGAGCAGAGAGAAAGCGGGUGAAUGAGGAGGAGUGCAUCAAGGACGAAGACGUCAACACGGAUGACCCUGAAGCUGUGCACAUUGGGGAACCUUGCAAAGGGAAACCCGGGAAAAAGAUGAAUCGCCAGAAAAUUACUUCUUCCAACGAGGAUUCCGACUAUGAGGAAACAUCUGCCAGGAGGAGGAAUGGAGGCAGGAAACAGGGAAAGGGAACGGGCAGAAGUAGGGACAUGGUGAAGGAGAGGGAUGUGAGAGGGAGAGGCAGAGGCAGAGGAAGGGGGCGAUCGAAGGUGCAAGGUCUGUGUAGUACGUCGGGAGAGAGUGAUGAAAACAGUUCACUCGAGGAUAGGGGUGUCGAGGAACGGAGGACAGGGAAAGGCAACCAUAGGCAGGGAAAGCUGAAAGGAAGGACCCGCCGAAAGAGGACACAAGAGUUAUCUACCACAUCGGAGGAGGACGAUGAGGACCUGGCCAGGGAAAGGCCGUGCAAGAGGGGCAAAAAAGAAACAGAAAAACGGAGAGGGAGGGGGCCAGGGGGAGGGGAAGGGGAAGGGGGAGGGGGAGGGGGAGGGGGAGGGAGCAAGAGGAGAGGGGUUUCACGACCUGCAAGCAUACCAGAGGAUAGUGACAGUCAUAAUAGCUCAAGUGGUAAUUGCAGUGAGAGCAGCCUUGGGCCGAUGCGACCAGAACAAAGUGCGAAAGCAAGAGAACCUGUGGCCUCCUCGUCAUCAGAAGCGCAUGUACAAACAGAGGUCCGACUUCAGACUGCUGCAGCACUUAAUAGCAAAGAGAUGACAGAGGAUUCCGGAGCUGCCGGAGACGAGGGGUUAGAAAUGGUGCUGAAGGAGUUGCAAGGAGCUGCAGAUGGUUUUGAUAGCGAGAAGGGGGGCGUGAAGGAGCACAACGAUCAACAGGUCGCUGUACCGGAUGCUAGAGCAAGGGGAGUAGAAAAUGGUAGUUGUUGUUAUCCUCCCAAAGCGGGGAUUCCGAUCCAUCGGGAUGAACCUGACAGCACAGAGGGUAAUCUUCAGUCGGAGAGAAGGGGAAAGGAGAAAGUGGAAGGGACCCCAGUGGUACAGGAUCAGAGUGCUGAAGCUGAGGAUGAUGAUGAGGAUGACGGAAGAUUUUCGGAUAUUGAUGAUGAAGAACUAGGCUUGUACAUAAACACAGAAGAGGAGGUAAAACUGAAAACUAUGGUGUGGACAGAACUGAACAAAGAAUACUUAGAGGAACAGGCAAUGAAGAAGGCUGCACUUGAAAGACACGAGGCAGCACUCAAAGCAGCCGUGGAAGCAGCUGGUACAGACAGUGUCGCAGCAUUGGCAGCAGCGGCUGCAGUGGAAGUUUUCAACAGGAAGAAGGACAGGGGAAGGAAGCCGAAAGCCAUGGAUGCAGCCAAGGCAUUGGGAAAGCCAGGAGAAACAGCUAUAGAGGCAGCACAGCACAUGCUCGCCAGCAAGAGGUUGAGUUCUAAGGUCAACUAUGAAGCCUUGGCUGAUCUCUUCGGUGAUAGUGGACCAGACCCCGUUCCAAACCAGAGUGAAAAGCCAGAUGCAGAUGGGGAUGCAGAGGGGAAUACGAACAGGGCCAACAGGCCAAGAACCAAAAAGAGAGUGACUUUCGCAGACGAGGUCGACGCGAGAAAGUGUGUGGAGGAGGAGGAGGAGGAGGAGAAGGGUGAGGAGGAGGGGAAAGCAAUUGUUGCCAAGGUAGUCUCUUCAGAAGGUGAAGAGCAGGAAGUUGCUGGCGAUCAUGAAGGUGGUGAUGAUGAGCAUGGUGGGGGCGAUGAUUUGGACGAAGAGGAGGAGGAAGACGAAGGUCCGCCUGAUGUUCUACCUAAGAGGGGAUUUGUCGAUGCCGAUGACGAACAUAUUGCUUCUGGCUCCUCCCAAUACAGGUUGGCAUAUGAUCGUGAUGGCUUUGACGACGAUGCUGGUGAUGCGGACUUCUUCUGAUUGGGUGCCAUUGCCUGCCUUGGCAACGAGAACUGGUGACAUUGCUGUCAUUCUGGAGACGGCCUUUCUGUUUCUU